AGAGUUUAAAGUUGUGCAACGAUGAAUAGGAAAAAGGUUCUCUUGAUGGGUAAAUCAGGUUCAGGGAAAACAAGUAUGAGGUCUAUUAUAUUUGCAAACUAUAUUGCACGCGAUACUAAACGUCUCGGAGCAACUAUUGAAGUCGAACACUCGCAUGUCAGAUUGCUGGGCACCCUAGUAUUGAAUCUGUGGGAUUGUGGUGGCCAGGAAUCCUUUAUGGAGAACUACUACAGAUCUCAAAGAGAGAAUAUAUUCAGAAACGUUGAGGUUUUGAUCUACGUGUUUGAUGUGGAGUCACGUGAACUAGAGAAGGAUGUUCACUAUUAUCAAUCUUGUCUUGAAGCAAUACUUCAGAACAGUCCAGAGGCUAAAAUCUUCUGUUUGAUUCAUAAAAUGGACUUAAUAGAGGAGGAGCACCGAGAUAAUAUAUUUGCCGAGAGGGCGGAAGAUCUGAAGAAACUGUCUAAACCCCUGGAUUGUACUUGCUACAAGACGAGUAUUUGGGAUGAGACACUAUAUAAAGCUUGGUCUUCCAUUGUAUACAUGCUUAUACCAAACGUUCAGGAGAUAGAGACAAGCCUACAUGAGUUUGCUGAGAUCCAGGACGCAGACGAGGUUCUUCUAUUCGAGAGAGCAACAUUUCUUGUUAUCUCUCACGCACAGCGUCAUCAGCAUCGAGAUGUUCACAGGUUCGAGAAGAUUUCGAACAUUAUCAAACAGUUCAAACUCAGCUGUUCGAAACUAGCCGCACAUUUCGAGGCCAUGGAGGUUCGAAAUUCUAACUUUGCUGCGUUCAUUGAUGUGUUUACACCCAACACCUACAUCAUGGUCAUAUCUUCAGAUAGCCAGAUUCCUAGUGAAGCUAUACUCAUCAAUAUUCGGAACUCAAGGAAACAUUUCGAAAGAUUGGAGAAGGACAGUCAGAUUCAGAAUAGAGGAGCUCUCACAUUCGGCAGAUAAAAGAUUGAGAAAGUUCUGUGUGGUUGCCGGAUAACGGAAUUUUAAAACAUGCUGCGGGGGACAUCGUUAUGCUUUAUUUUAUAAUAAUAUUUUUAUAUAUUUAUCAGAAAUAUAUCAUUUGAUAUUUUCA